UUGAAGCACGUCAAGGACUACGUCGCGUGACCCGGAGAUCGUUUUGGACUAUACCACGCUUGAGUAAAAAAAAAAAAAAGAAAAAGUCGGGCCUCGGUUUCGAGAGAUAUUUGGGCUUGAUGCAUGGCUGGCAUGUUGCCUUAAAAAAGUCUUUUUAGGGGUUUCUUUCGAAUCAUGUACGUUGGAUACCUUUUGGAGAAAGAGGGAAGCAUGUAUCACCAAGGAGCCGUGCGAAGAUCAGGCAUCAGUCUUCCACCACAAAAUUUUGUCUCCACGCCUCAGUAUUCAGAUUUCACAGGAUACCAUCAUGUGCCCAACAUGGACACACACGCGCAGUCAGCGGGGGCGUGGGGCUCUCCGUACGGCGCGCCGAGAGAGGACUGGGGCGCCUACAGCCUGGGACCUCCAAACACUAUUUCUGCACCUAUGAGCAGUUCAUCCCCGGGACAGGUUUCCUACUGCUCCUCAGAUUAUAAUGCCAUGCACGGCCCGGGAUCAGCUGUGCUGCCUCCGCCGCCUGAAAACAUUUCCGUGGGCCAACUUUCGCCCGAGAGGGAAAGACGCAACUCCUAUCAGUGGAUGAGCAAAACCGUGCAGUCCUCAUCAACCGGCAAAACGAGAACGAAGGAGAAAUAUCGAGUGGUGUACACAGACCACCAGAGGCUGGAGCUGGAGAAGGAGUUUCAUUUUAACCGCUACAUCACAAUCAGAAGAAAAUCAGAGCUGGCAGUAAACCUCGGGCUUUCAGAAAGACAGGUGAAGAUCUGGUUUCAGAACCGCAGAGCCAAGGAAAGGAAAUUAAUCAAAAAGAAAAUGGGUCAGUCUGACGGCAGCGGAGGGUCGGUCCACAGCGACCCCGGUUCCGUCAGUCCUCUACCGGUGCAAGGCUCGCUGAGUCCGUCAGACAUACACGGAUCUCUGUACCCGCCCCCAGGAAUGAACGCCUUACCAUCCAUGAGGAACAUACAGCAAGUUACUGUCACUCAGUGAACUCGAACUUGAAAGAUCCAACUUUAACUGAGCACUCCAACACGCUGAAAGGACCGAACCGAGGCGGAUUACGAACUAUAUCACACGACGGGCGUCGAGGCGCGCGCGCGCGUUGCGGAUCGCAACA